CACUCAUGCUCCUUUGCACAGUCGUCUUCAGCUUUCACUGGAGCUGCUCCACGCGCACUGAAGAACAUCUUCUUGUUCCUCUUCUUGUUCUUCAGUAGUGGACCUGACUGAGUGUUGACCUUUGCUGCAUAGUGUCGCCAUGUUACACAGAGGCGGUCUCUGAGCGAGGAUGAUGUCGGAGGUGCACUACAGUGAGGACGUCAUGGGGGAGCGAGGGUCCGUCCCCCUAGACAUUGACAACGUCCACAUGCUGCUGCAAGUGGAGCAAGAACAGAUCCAGAAGAGGACCUUCACCAACUGGGUCAACGCCCAGCUGGCCAAGAGGAGGCCUCCGUGUAUGGUGGUGGAUCUCUUCAAUGACUUCCGUGAUGGAUCCAAACUGUUGGACCUGCUGGAGGUGAUGAGCAACCAACGCAUCAGCCGCGAGCGAGGGAGAGGAACGUUCCAGCAUAGGAGCAAUAUCGAGAAGGCCCUUGCCUUCCUCAGGCAGAAAUCAAUCAAACUAGUCAACAUCAACAUUCCUGACAUCAUCGAUGGCAAACCCUCCAUCAUCCUGGGCCUCAUCUGGACCAUCAUCCUCCAGUAUCACAUUGAGGAGCUGGCCAGCGCACUGUCCUUCAACUCUCGCCAGUCCUCCAUGGAGUCUCUGGCCAGUCUGGACUCUCGCUCCACGUGGUCUAGCCGCUCAGCCAGCAGCAGUCCUGUCCCCCGCCGAGGCUCACCGCUCCACGCCCGAUUCAGAGUGUCAGCCAAGAAGGCCCUCCUGCUGUGGGUCCGCGAGCAGUGCCACAAGGCCGGCUGUUCCGUCAAUGUGAAGGACUUCAAGGGCAGCUGGCGGAGCGGCGUGGUUUUCCUCGCCAUCUUGUAUGCCCUCAGGUCCGACCUGGUGGAUCUAUCCAAGGCCAGAACCAGGAGCAACAAGCAGAACCUGGAGGAGGCCUUUUGUGUGGCCGAGAGAGAGCUGAGGAUCCCAAGGCUGCUGGAACCCGACGAUGUGGAUGUUCGAGAACCUGAUGAGAAGUCCAUCAUGACCUACGUGGCUCAGUUCCUGCAGUACUCCAGAGACCUGCCCGUCCCUGAGGAGGACAUGCAGACACAAUACUUGACUCCUCCAAAAGCUCCUUCUCCUUUCAGCCUUCCCGUGCACUAUACGCCUGCUAUCUCUGCUUCGCCACUGCGCCAGGCGACACCUGACCGUAAAGCACAGGAGGUGUCGUGUUGGCUGCUUCAGGCCUACGAUGAGCUGCUGGAGGGCUGGGACUCCACCGAGGGCGAGAGCUACUCGGAACGUUACCACGUAUUCCAGACCUUUCUGGUGUCCUUCAAUGAGCAGCGACGCCCCAUCAUGCCUCUGCUGACCGCCAUGAGACGAAGCUCCAAGCUGAGCGAGGAGCAGCGAGCCCUCAGGGAGGCGUGGGAUGCCCUGACAGAGAAGCUACGAGACUACAAAAUAGAGUUAGACAUGAGGCUGCCGGCACCUCUGGACCUGGUGGCACGCUGGCUGCUGAGAACAGAGGCGGUCCUGGCCGAGGAAGAGGGCGACCCCCAGGACCAUGGCCGGGCUGCGGACGAAGCCAAGGAGAAACAGGAGCAACUCAAGGUCUGCCUGGAAGAAAUGCCCCAGCAAGUGAAGACUUUCCAGGCCUUCCAGAACCAGGAUGAUGACGGAAACAUGUUGGUCCCCACUGAAAAGAUGGAGGAGCUGAAGAGAAGGUUCACCGGCAUAAGAGUGACCGCCAAGUACCAUGGCAUCAAGCUGGAGUACCGUGAGGACCGUCACACAGUUUUGGAUCUGCUGGGGCAGAUCAGGACAAAAGUUCGGUUGUGGAAGAGGCCUUAUCUUUCCCCAGAGGCAGUUAGAGUGCUACUGCAGGAAUGGCAUGAGCUGGUAAACACUCAAGAGCUACCUUCUAUGUUGGAAGCAGCCCUUCAUAAGUUGAAGCUGGUUGCUGAGAAAUACGCAAGCAAGUCUGCCCUGGCUGCAGACUACCACCAUGUUUGUCAACAAGUGACGCAGCUUGAGGAGGACACGGUGGCAGUACUGGUGGAGGUAACCUCAGCCAAGAAUACCAUGGGACAGAUGUUGACUGCCUGGGACUCUUACAGCGACGGGAUCAGCUCCAUGCAGGCGUGGCUCGAGCAGAGUUUAGCCCGUCAAAGCUACGAUCACCAACCGAAGGUGACAUCCGAAUCCCUGGCUGAGUGGGGGUCCCGACAGGCUCACCUGAACGAGGUGGCAAACUUCCUGAUGGAGUCGACCGACCCACAGAUCAGCAGAAGCCUGGCGGCGGAGCUGCACAAACUCAAUGUGAAUUGGGACAAGUUUAUCCAGAGAAACACCUUGGACAUCACAGAUGAGUCUGAUGUUGAUAUCAAGACCAGACCCCAAGACCUUCAGACUCUGGUCAGGGAGGCCAGUCUUCUUCUCAAAGAGCCUCUCGAGACGAUGGCAGGUCCUUUACGCAUCUACAGAAAAAGAAUACAGUUCUUACUGAGGAAGAUAAAGGAAGUUGAUCUGGAAACUCUUGAUUCAUCUUCAGAAGGUCCAGCUGGUCAGUUACAGAAGCUGAAGAUGGCCAUGCCUGAAGCAAAACAGACUUUGUGCAAAGCAGAGCAGGUGUGUGCAGAGUUGCAGCACAGUGUUUCAGGUCUUGACAGUCGACUGGCUGAGCUAUUACACUGGGAGACUGAAGCAAGGGACCUCUACCAGCUGCUGAGGGCCACAGAGCGACAGCAGCAGAGAGGCCAGGAUCCAAGAGCUCGGAUCCUGAUAUCUCGUGGGCUCCAGUUGGAGGGUCAGGUGGUGACAGAGGAUCAGGACCUUCAAGUGUUAAUAAUGAAACAUCAGAAGAGCUCUCCCAUUCAGUACCUCCACGCCUCGGCCAUGCAAGGCCGAGUGCGGGCAGCUGUGGCUCAGUCACAGGAGGCAGUAGGUAUGCUGAGCAGCCUGGGAGCCAGAAGAGACAGAAGCAGGAGCCCCACAGGUGGGCCCCCAUCUAAAGUCUUUAUUCAGGCCAAAGCCAAGCCUCAUCAUCUAAGACAGUCUGACACUGGACCACCAUCCCAGGAGUGUGCUACCUUGUCAGAAUUUCAUCCAUCUCAAGAAGUGUUUGUGCCAAAGAUAGUGGUGCAGGAAUACAGAGAAGAAAAGAUAAGUUCACCUCCUCUGUUAUAUACUUCUGCACAAGCAGCAAUGCAGACUAGCCCGCCACCAGCAGAAGGCCAAACUCAGGCCUGGACAGUAAUGACAGAACGACAGCCGACUGCUGAGGACAUACAGCAGCAGCAUCUUAAAAGAACACCACAAGAGCCGAAGUAUGACCAAUCGCAAAUAGAAGUACGUGAAGAAAAAGAGAUAAUGAAGAAAGAGACACAAGUACAUAAAGAUCAGCCACUGGUAGACAGUAAGGAAUAUAAAUUGGAGCAGUUUGUGGUAACGCCUGUCGAGGUUGAAACAAAAGUCCCACAGACAAGUGUAGUACAGGAGCUGAUGCCACUAGUAAAGAAACCUCUCAACUCACAAGAACUUCAAUCCAAAAAGUCCCAGGCCUUGAAGAACCGCCCCUGGCUUCAAAAACCAGUAGAACAUGACAUUCAAAGACCAAAUAAGGUUUCACCUAAAGAACCAGUUCAGGCUACACAGCCACAGACAAUUAAAGACAUGACUGGGUUCACUGAGGUUACUCAUCACCAUACAGUAACCUCCAGUACACAGCCUGAGACCCAAGAUGAGUCGACUGGCCAGGCAACACAACAGAAAGAACAGCUAAUAGAACAACAGCAGAAACAACAGAUGCCAAUUGUAGCAGUACUACCAGAUAAAGACACAAGGAAUAAGUCAAAGACAGUAGAUCUGCCUCUUCAGCAAGAAAAGGUCAAAAGUCAGCCACCAGUAGAAAUGAGGGCUCAGUCUCAGGUUCAGCUACAGCCUCCAGCACAUGGCCAAGUUUUAGCACAAGGGCCGACCUGGGCUCAAGUAACACCUUCAUCUCCCAUGCAGGCUCCUUCUCUGCAGGACAAAAUUCAGCCACCUGUGCCUGCCCACAUUCAGGUUCGGAGUCAUCCACAGUCCUGGUCCCCUGUCAGGCCACCCUCCCCUAAACCACCAGCACAGAUACAAAGUCAGACCAAAGAAAUUGCUCACUCUCAAAGACAUCCUCAUUCAACUCAGCCGGAAAACCAACCAAUGCUUCAACUUCAAAGCCAUUCUCAUCCAGAGACCCAAACUAAAAUCUAUGCAGUUCAGCCCCAAACCAGUCCUGCACCCAUGGCUCCUACUCAAACCCACACCAUGUCACAGACAGUGGCUCAGUUCCAAGCCAAACCUCAACCGAUGGCCAAGAUUCAACAACAUGCUCAGCCAAAGACCACGCCAGAAAACCAAGCACAAAACUUUAUACAGCAUCAUCCAAAGACACAACCUCAACAGUAUGUUCCGCCAAUGGUUCAAACUCAAGCUAAACCUGAGCCGAUAGCAGUGGUUCAAACACAUCCUAUGUCAAAGGCUCAGUCUCAGAAGCAUGUUUACUCUGCAACUCAAACACAUGCCGAAACUGAGACUGCGCCCCAGAUUCAAGCGCCAACUCAGGCAAAGACAGAGUUGUUCACUCAUGCUCAAACACUUGGCCAUUCAAAACCUCAGCCAUGUCUGACACAACCUUUGAAACAACAUCAUCCUCAAGGUCAACCAGUAGUCCAGCCUCAGGGUCAUCCUUUGACUCAAUAUCACACUAUGUCUCAGUCAGCAGGCCAACACCAAGAACAUAUUUCUCCGGGCCACCUCGCCGCUUGGAGCCAAGGUAGCAGCUUCUCCUCAAUGUCGAUGAAACAUCCACAGGCUCCAGUGCAAACCCAGGUUUACCCUCAAAAUUACUCCCUGGCUCAGCAGUCAGCAGCCAAGCAAGAGCCACAAAAUAAAGACAUUGCCCAGCAAAGGCAUCACAUUUCCCAACCAUAUACUCAGCAAAUAGGUCAAGCGCCACAGCCUCAGGCUCCACAACCACCACAUUGGGCUCAAAGUGGUCAUCCACAAAGACCUCAAAUGGGGUCCACAGGGUAUUCUAACAUGGUGCAAUCAUAUAAUCAGUCUCAGAUGCAGAUACACUCACAUGCUCAACUCCAGACUCAAACAAUAUCCCAAAUAAGGCCCCAAAAUCAACAACAGCCACAGAUGCAAGCAUAUGAUGUGACUCCAAUGCAGACACAACAAGGCCAUAGUCAGCAACAGAUGUGGAUGCAGGCACCCCAUAGUUUCCAAUCCCACCCUUCUUACCCCCAGGCUCAGCAAUAUCCACCCGCUGAACAUCAGCUCCAAACUCAUCCUAAUAUCCGUGCUCAGAUACCUCAACAACUACACCAUACCGAUCUUCAGUAUCUUCCACAGCCUCACCUUCAACCUCAUGCGCAGGCCCAAUCUCAACCUCACAUUAAGACACAUUCACAAGCACAUAUGCAGCCACAGAUUCAUCUGUCCCAGCAAAAUCCUCGGCUCCAACAGCUACCUUCGCAAUUCAGACCAAUGGCUCAGACGCCAAACCAACCGCAGGUUCAGUCGCUGCCACAAUAUAUACCUGAACCACAUCCAGCACUACUACCUAAAAUGCCAUCAUCAACUCAACUCAUGGUUCAUUCACUGCCGCAAUAUAUACCUGAACCACAGCUACCACCUCACCCUUCAGUUCAGUCAUCCCCACAACCCAAGGGUCAGUCACUGCCCUUAUAUAAACCAGAACUACAGCAAGCUGCUCAACCCAAGGCUCAGCCUUCCACUCAAACCAAACCUCAAUCUUUGCAACAAUAUAAAUCUGAACCUCAGAUAGUGCCACAAUUGAAAGCUCAGCCACCAACCCAAGGUCCCAAGGUCCCAACACUGUCACAAUAUAUUCCACCACCCCAGCCACCUCCUCAACCCAAAGUUCAGCCAUCCACUCAAACCAAGGCUCUGUCAUUUCCACAUUAUAUGGCAGAACCCCAGCCAGCUCUUCAGCUCAAUUUCGCAUCAACUCAAACUAAAGGCCAACCACUACCACAGUGCAUACCUGAACCCCAGCUGGCUCCUCAGCCCAAAGAUUUAUCACCAACACAAAGCAGUGUAAAAUCAAUAUCCGAACCUUCACCUCAACUCCAGUCACCACAACUCAAGAUUCCAUCACCAGGACCUGAACCUGAGUCUCAAUCACAUUCACAGACCACUGUCCAGGUUCACCUUAAUUCACAGUCAGAACCUCAAAUUCAAUCUGUUCCGCAACACAAACAAAAACCACCCCAAGCAAUUCUCCAUUCCCAGGUCUGUGUGUUGCCUCAAUCCCAGGCAGAGUCACCAGACCUCUGCUUUACACCUCCGGUCCUUGCUCAAGCACCUCCCCAAGCAUAUUCUGAGGCCUAUGCUAAAGCCCAGGCUUUGGCUAGGAACGGCUUUGAGGAGGCUAAGCACUGCCUGCAGGGCCACAUCCUGGAGGCUAUCACUAUCUUCAAAGAUAAAUAUAUGCCAGACGAUCACACAUCGGUGACAGAAACUCUGAAAACCCUGGAUCCAGAGUUACUGGAGGAAUUUCUGAGAGCAGCCAAAGGCAUGGAAGCCUUCUGUACAGCUUCACAGCUAAAUGACAUGGACAUCUUCACUCAGUCUGUCAGGUCUCAGUGGGAGUCUUGCUUCUCAUCCGAUGGAAGCUUUGCCCAUGCAGGCCAGCAGCUGGAGGCCUUAAAAGAGUUGUGUGACAUGCUGAGUCCCGAGGAUGCUCAUCGCCUUGCCCACACUCAGCUAAAGGAGUGUGAGAGUAGCCUAGCUGCUAUCCAGCGCCAAUUCAGUGGAGACCAAGAGGCACCACUGCCUGAUUCAAGGACUCCUGUUGUAUGCAGUGUGGAUCAGACCCCACAAAAAGAAACUACAAGUGGAAAACCUCAAAUCUCAUCUGAGGUGUCCCAAAUGAAAACCAAAACAGCAACUGUAGAGCAAAAAGAGAUGAAAAAGCAGCCACAUGUUGGAGAAGAAGUAAUCAAAAAGGAAGCUUUAGAGAGAUAUGAUAAUUGCAAGAAGUCUCUGCAAGUCCAGCUGUCUAAAAAUGAACAGAGCAUCAAUGAUGUUCCAUCAGACUCUGUGACUCUAAAAGGUCUUCACACACGCCUCCAGGAAAUUCAGUUCUUGAGACAAGAGACAGAAUCUUUGUGGUCUGAGUUUGCAAACCAGUGCACCCAGUUGAGUGGAGACAUUGGUGUGGAGCAGGAGAAAACCGAGCUUGAGGAUCAGUGGCGAGCCCAACAGUCCAACCUUCAGAGGAGAGGCAGCUCACUGGGCACCGCCCUCAGACAGAUUGACUCCACAGAGAACCACAUGGUGGAUUUCAGUGACCGCCUGGACCGCUACCUGAGACAACCUAAAGACAUCACUGCCUUCACAUUGGCAAACACCAACAUCCUGAAGGACAUCAAGGAACUGGAUGACAAUAUCCAGAGUGAACUGGAUCAGCUUUCCCGUCUAGAGCCUGAGUCCAGCAACCUUGAUCCCAGAGACUGCUUAACUCUCUCCCGUGAGGUGGAAGCCCACAGAAGCAGCCUGGAUCAGCUUCGCCAACAAGUUCGCAAGAGUGAGGCAGCUGCUCGUGCUCUUGACCAUUUCCUCAUGUCACUCCGCACCUUAGGAGAGGAUGUCGCCGGAGUCCAGGGAGCCCCGUGCAGUGACGCAGCGAUCUGGCAAGACUGUCGUGCCAAGCUGACUCUCAUUAGACAGAGUGUGGACAGUCUGAAAGACAAAGCGCCACAGCUCGAUCUCCUGCUGCAGGGGGCCCGGCUGACGGUUACCAGGGAUGGUUCUCCUGCCUCAUGCCUGGACAUGGUCAGUGUCCUGCUGAAGAAGCUGGAAGAGGCUGACAGUGGACUUGUGGGACAGCAGCAGAGCCACAAGAGGGAAACCCAGAGCAAGUCCUUGGGCUUGAGGAAGAGGGCCCUGUUGGGAGAAGUGAGAAAGCUCCAGGACACCAUCGAAACACGAGGCCUCACCGAGGCCACCGUGCCAGCCGUGCAACAGAGGCUUCGGGCUCUGUCUGAUUUGGAGGCCCACCUGCAGACUCAGAACUUGGAGCUCCGAAGUCUCAGGGAACUUCCUGAAUGUCAAGGAGAAGGUCAAAAUCUCCUUCAGGAGCUGGACACUGAAUACAAGCAGACUGAAACAUCUUUGACUGACAGGAAGCAGCAGUGCAGCAUCCUGCUGGAGCUGCUGAAGACGUUCCAGAGCUGUCGCAGUCAGCUAAGCAGCACCAUGCAGAGAGCCGAGCAGGCCAUCGGUGAGCACACCUCCUACAUGGGCAAAGACAACCUUCAGAGGAUUAUAACCAAGGUCCAGGACAUUAAGAAGGAGCUGAGUGGUGUCAGUGAGCAAAUGGAUGAGAUCAGGGGAGUUUGUAGACAGCUGCAGGCCACACUCAAGAAGUUUCCGGACUGUCGGGAGGCACCAUUUGAAGCUGAGGCUGACACACUGAUGGACAACUGGCUGGAUAUGACAGAGAAAACAGACACUUACAUGGACAACCUUCAGGUGGGCUUGGAACUGUGGGACAAGCAGUUGAUGCUGGGCGGAGAGAUUGAUGGCUGGGCGGCCACCAAACUGGCGAUCUUUGCGGAGAGCCACCCCUUCCACAACCAGCAGCAAGUCAUAGCUAUGAAGGAUGAGAUCCAGGCCCAUGAGGAAAACAUACAACAUUUCCACAAGAAGUCUGAGGAGGUCCAGGAAAUGCUUCAAAGUCAGGACGCUCCACUGGAGCUGCAAGUGAUGGAAACGCAGCUGAGGAAAAGGAUGGAACAGGUGAAGGAGCUGUUUGCAGACUGCACUGAUGUGUUUGAGGAGCUGAUGGUGGUUAAGAAACAUCUUGAAGAAAAGAUUGAGGAGUGUCUGACAGCCAUUGGGAACAUCCAGUGUUCUGUCAGUAAGGUCCAGGCCUCAGAACCGGAGGUGGAGACCCAGAUACAGGAUCUGUGUGACAAACUAGAGGACCAGGAGGAGCAGGCUGAGUCCGUGCUGCAGGAGAUCACUCUGGUCACCAGCGUGGCCAGUCCCCAGGUGCUGGAGACGCUCUCGGUGGACUGUGGCCGACUGACAGACGCCAUCGCCCACACCAAGGACAUGAUCCACCAGAAGAGAGAGGAGCGGGAGAAAGGCUUGCUCAAGGUCAUUCAAGAUGAGAGACAGUCAUUUGAGGACUGGUUCCAGGACCUGCAGCUGGCCGUCAAUGAGUGCUUUGAGAAUCCGGAGAGCCGAUCAGAUGUAGAAACAUCUUUGCAAAAACUCACAAGCUCCUUGAGGUCCAACGAUGCAGAGCGACGUCUGGACCAGCUGAGAGAUAAUCUGGACAGAGGUCACCAGCAGAUUGAUGCUCAACAGCUAACUGAGCUUAGCAACUGGCUGAAGGAGCAGCGCGAGGAGGUGCUCACAUUUAAUAGCCAUUGUCUGAACAGGCAGAAACAGAUGGAGUCUCUACACUCAGACUUGAGCAGUCUGCAGACACUUCUUGACAGCUUCCACGAGUGGCUGCAGGGCAAAGAGAAACAAAAUACAACGCCUCCCAAGGCCAAACAUCUCCUCAAGGACCUCCAGGAUGAGAGCCAAAGAGCAGACGCCCUCAUUGAGCAUCUAGCUUCAGUGCGCAGGCAGGGCGUCAGAGCUGACAGACUCCUGAAGGACGGCGACAACGUUUUACAGCGCUACCGAAAGCUGGAAGCCAGGUUGCAAACACAGGCAGAGGCUCACAGCAUCUUAGAGGUGGAAAUUGAGCAGUUUAUAGUCCAGGCUGAGAGCAUCAAAACCUGGUUUAAAGACCUCCUGCAGCCCCUCACCUUAGCAGACGGAGUCCAGCAGUGCAAGGAGAUGAGCCACAAAGCAGAGGCUGUCCUGAGCACAAAAGCAGAAGGAGACUCGAAGGUGAACCAACUCCGAUGUCAGAGCCAGAGUCUUUGCGAGCAGGAACAGCUGGAGCAGAGCAGGAAACUGGAAGUCCAGCAGUCGCUCCGAGACGUGGAGAACGAGUGGCAGGCUAUCCUGCAGGCUGCUGAGGAUGCGCUCAAGAAGGCGGAGAUGCAAGCGUGCUUAGAUCGAGAAGUGGAUGCUUUCAAAGUCCAGAGUGACAGCUUGCAGUCCUGGAUCUGCGACUUGGAUGACAAUCUUCAGUCUCCUGGUGGUUGCACAGAUGAAAAGCUUCAUGACAUUCUGCUUAUCAAACCUGACAUGGAGUUGAAGCUCCAGCACCUAAAGGGGCAGGGCCAGAGUCUGUGCAACAACCUGGAUUUGGAUGAAGGCUUUCGUCAGGAGGUCCAGGAUACAAUAGGACGCACAGAGGAGCGGUGGAGGAUGGUAAUGACGGCUGCUGAUGAGGUGGAGACUGCAGCCGCCACCGACAGGGACAUUGCUGCACUCCGAAGUCACAUAGAGAGCACUCAGUCCUGGAUCAGGGAGCUGAGGCACAAGCUCCUGUCACUUGGCAGCCACAUGGCACUACAGGAAAGACUGCAAGUUACACAGGCUGUUAUGGCAUUCCAACAUGAUGGCCAAUCCAAAGUUCUGGACUUAAAGAAGGAAGAGGAACUUCUGUGGGAAAAGCUGGAUGAAAGCAGGGGGCUUGAGGUAGCACGGCUGGUAAAAGACGUGGAGCAACAAUGGAGGUCUGUCCUGCAGACCUGCAAAGAGGCUGAACUGCGAGGUUUUGCUGACGACUUUGAGACUCAGAGUAAAAACACGCAGUCGUGGGUGAGAGAGCAGGAAAGGCAGCUGCAGUCUGUCAGUGUCCAUGCUCCACCUGAAGACAGAUGCCGCACAGCCCAGGACGUACUGCAGUCCAAACCUGAUGGCGACUGUCAGGUGAACAACCUGAGGAGACGGGGCCAGAGUCUCUGUGACCGUCAGGAUGUGGAAGAGGGUAAAAAAGGUCAAGUCCAGCAGACGGUCCGAGAGACAGAGGAGCAGUGGAAGAAAGUUCUGCAGGCUGCUAGAAAGCUGGAAGAGGACACAGGAGCGCAGAUGAACCAGGAAAUGGAGAGGAGAGAGUUGGAGCUGACAGGUUUCAAAAACUUUCAUCAGGAAACUAGUAGCUGGCUUUCAGACCUCCAACAUCAGCUGGAUUCCCUAACCAGUCAAGCUACAGCGCAAGGUAGACGACAUGCUGCACAGACCAUUGUUGACUGCAAGUCUGAGGGGGAUAGUAAACUCCAGGAGAUGAAGAGACGCUGCCAGAGUUUGUAUGCUGACAAACUGGAGGAACACCAGAAACUGGAUCUUCAGCAGAUGGUACAGGACGCAGAGGACCAGUGGACCAAAACUCUCCAGAGUGCCAAAGCGAUGCUGGAUGCAGCAGAGAAGCAAAGCGCUCUGCAGUGUCAGCUGAGGGAGCACAAAGAGUCCAGGGAAAAAGUCCAAGCCUGGCUGGAAGAAAAGCGACAGAACCUUCAUUCCCUAAACUGUCACAAAGAUCCUGAAAUGACAAUAAACACUGCACAGACCAUCCUGAGCUCCAAACCAAACAAAGACUGUCAGCUGGCAGAGCUGAGAAGACAAAGUCAGAGUCUCUGUGAACAUGAUGGAGUGGAGGACACUGCCAGGCGGGAGUCUGUACAAGCAAUCACAGAUUUGGAGGAGCAGUGGAGGACGUUGCUCCACGAUGCUGAGAACUCACUGAAGAAAGCAGAGGUUCUUUACUCGCUCUCCAGGGAGCUGCAAGCCUUCUUCAGCCAGGCAGCUAGCACUGGCACCUGGUUGGAGGAGUUGCAGACACAGCUUGAGAACACCGGGACAGGCACUCAAGGCAGCCAAGUCCAGAUAGAGGACAGACUGAAUAUGGCACAGGUCAUCUUGAACUCCAAGUCCAAUGGAGAGACUCGAGUGAUGGAGCUGAAAAGGCGUGUGCAGAGUCUGUGUGAACACAAGGAUUUGGAGGAGGACAAGAGGUUGGAAGUCCAAACACAGAUCAAAAAGGUGGAGGAUCAGUGGAGGACAAUCAUGCAGGCUGCGGAUGAGAGGAGCAGACUAUUACAGGGUGUCAUGGACCUCCUGGUGCCCUGUCGGUACCAGCGAGGACAAGCUGAGGCUCGUUUGGUGGAGCUCCAAGCACAGAUAUCCAGUCUGCCUCAUGUCUUCCCCUGGCCGGGUCUGGGGGAGCGAAGGCAGGCGGUGGAACAAGCCCGGGCCCUCCUGGACAGGAGCACAGCCCUUGGUCCCCUCUUCUCUGAUCUACACACCCAGGCUGCAGAACUGUGGGAGACCACCCGGGACCCCGACUGGGCUGAUUCUACCUGGGGGGGCUUGGAGGAAUCCAUCCCAUUUCUGCUCAAAGAGUUAACUGAGGCACUGGCAAACCUGGAGCAAGGAAUCAUGGCGGAGAGGCAAUGCACACAGCUUGUGGAGCAGCAUGAAGCAGCACAGGACUGGUUGAGAGAGCAAGUUAAAGCCCUGGAAGCUCCUCCAGAUGACAGACAAGGUCUUCACAGUGCCAUCAACACCCUGAAGGCUUUACUCCAGACUGUGGAUCGGGAGCAGAGAGAGAUGAAGGAGCUGGAUGCUGCCAGAGAUGAUCUGCUCAGCCUCUGUACACCUGGUGGCCGUGAUGCCCUGACCCUGGAGGUCAGCCACCUGCAUGAGCUCUGUAGCACCUCUGAACUGGACGUAAGGGAGCGCCUGGCGGCCUGCGAGGCCCACUUGCAGGACCUGGAAUGCCAGGAAGCCCAGAGGACUAAGGAGCUGAUGGAGAGAGCAGCUGCUCUGCAGUGGGAGCUGCGAUCUCUGGAUCAGGCCCUCACAUAUAGCGAAUUGCAGGACAACAUUGAGCAGCUCCAACAGCAUUGGCACAGCCUGCAGAAUUGUGAAAAGUCUCUUGCGGAGCUCUUUGUGAAAGUUGAACAGCUGUACCAAGAUGUCAGUUCUGCCGAUGAGAUGCCAACAGAAAUAACCACCACAGUAGAAUCUCUGCGCCAACAACAUGACAGUUUACAGACCAGGCUUAGCGAGCAUCAGCAAAGCUGCUCCACGAACGCUGCUCGCUGUUUGUCUGAUUCUCUCCGAGCACUGCAGGAAUGGAAUCACACCAAGCCUUCAGAAUCCACUGUAUCUGUGCAGGAGACAGCAGAGGAAGGGGAAAAGAUGCAGGCUGUUCUUCUGGAAGCACUUUCCCAUCAACAGUUUUUGAGUGAUUGUCUGAAGCAGGAUAUAUUAGACGAACUUUCAAAAGACAGUUCUGAAGCACUCAGACAAGCAGAGACACUUCAGAUGUCUCUCUGCCACAAGUUAAAGGAUCUUAUGGAGAGAAGUGAACCAAAAACUGAGGGUCAGUCCAUUGAUGUUAAUAAUCAUUCGAAAGAGAAAAAGACAUCUUUGGUGGCGCCGCCACGGAAAAACAAACAGUCCACUGAGAAAAAGUCUGAAGCUGAGUUCCAACAAAACAUUCCCUCAACUAACACGUCUACACUGGAUCAGGAUGACUUGUCAGUUUCAUCGAGGUCCAGUGAGCCAACUGACACUGCUGUUUCUGAAGAAACAAAAGAUAUUCCAACAAAGAGGAAGUCGAAGACCCAGGAUGUGUCCCUGGCUCCUGUAGCUACAGGUGAAAUUGUUGAUGUGGAAGCUAAGAAAACUGAACACGAAUCAGAAAAUACAUUGGACAGGGGGAAAGAUGAAGCUGUUUUUAUGGAACAGAGUAAGCUUCUACCACCAAAAAGAAAGGCAAAGCCCGCAGAGAUUCCUGAUAUUAAUGAGGCAGCAGAGGAAAAAGAAGGAACUGAACGGCUUCAUGGUGCCACAACUCUACAGCCAGUCUCUGCCAGUUCUGCAGAAGCAAACCAAGACUCGAAAAGCAGGGAUCCUACUUUAACUACAGAAGAGUACACAAGAAUAUCUGAUGCAGCUGUUGUGGAAGCAAAGAUUACACCACCCAAAAGAAAGUCAAAGAUUUCACCAGAGCUGCCUGUACAAGAGGAGCCAAUUGUGACAAAAAAAGAAUCUUAUCUGGAACCCAAAGAAGAAAAGCUUACAGAUGACAAAAAACUUAGUGGUUGUGAUGAUUCAAACCUCCAAGAAGCAAGAAUAAACUCUCAAAGUGGGGAGGCUUCUGUAGUUGCGCAACUCGUCUCAGGAAUCAUUGAGGCUGCUAUGAAAGACAUUGGGUUACCUUCGGAGAAAGAUCAGCUAGAACUGGAGAGUAGAAAAACUUCACAAGUUGUCACAGGAACCCCUGAAGUUGUUGCAGAGGAAGGAAGGAUCAUCCCACCCAAAAGAAAGUCAAAGAGUUCAAAGAUUUCCCCAGAGCUGCUUAAACGAGAGAAUCAAAUUUUGACAAAAGAAGAAUUCCAUCUGGAACCCAAAGAGGAACAGCUUCUCGAAGACAAAGAAAGUGCCUGUGACAAUUCAGGUGACAAUUCAAACCUCCAAGAAGAAAGAAAAGACUCUGAAAGUGGGGAAGCUUCUGUAGUUGCUCAACUCGUCACGGGAAUCAUUGAGGCUGCUAUGAAAGACGUUCGUUUACCUUCAAAGAAUGAUCAAAUAGCACUGCAAAGUAGAAAAACCUCAGAAGUUGUCACAGGAAUCCCUGAAGUUAUUACAGAGGAAGGAAGGAUCACCCCACCCAAAAGAAAGUCAAAGAGUUCAAAGAUUUCCCCAGAGCUGCCUAAAACAGAGACUCAAAUUUUGACAAAAGAAGAAUUCCAUCUGGAACCCAAAGAGCAACAGCUUCUCGAAGACAAAGAACUCAGUGCCUGUGACGAUUCAUGUGACGAUUCAAACCUCAAAAAAGAAAGAAAAGAUUCAGAAAUUGGAGAAGCUUCUGUAGUUGCUCAACUCGUCACAGGAAUCAUUGAGGCUGCUAUGAAAGACAUUGGUUUACCUUCAAAGAUUGAUCAAAUAGCACUGCAAAGUAGAAAAACCUCACAAGUUGUCAUAGGAAUCCCUGAAGUUAUUACGGAGGAAGGAAGCAUCACCCCACCCAAAAGAAAGUCAAAGAGUUCAAAGAUUUCUCCAGAGCUGCCUGAAAGAGAGGACCAAAUUUUGACAAAAGAAUUCCAUCUGGAACAGAAAGAGGAAAAGCAUCUCGAAGACAAAGAACUCAGUGCCUGUGAUGAUUCAGGUGACGAUUCAAACCUCCAAAAAGCAAGAACAGACUCUGAAAAUGCGGAAGCUUCUGUAGUUGCUCAACUCGUCACAGGAAUCAUUGAGGCUGCUAUGAAAGACGUUGGUUUACCUUCAAAGAAUGAUCAGACAGAACUGGAUUCCUCAGCUUCAGUUGUCACAGGAAUCCCUGAAGUUGUUGUGGAGGAAGGAAAAAUCUUUCCACCCACAAGAAAGUCAAAGGACAUGAAACUGUCACCCAAACUUCCAUCCAAAGAUGUCACAGUGUCCACACAAAGGUCAUUUGAUUCCAGAGAUGACAGUGAAAACUAUGAAAGUGGAAAAACAUCUUCAGAAACACAUGCAGUCACAACAACACUUGAGGCUGCUACUGUGGAUGAAAGAAACACCUCACCACCCAAAAGAAAUUCAAAGAGAUCAACAGCUUCUCCAGAACUUCCUAAAAAGACAAAAGAAGAACUUGAUAGUCAAACACCUUGCUCCAUUACAGGAUUUUCUGAAAUGACAGUUUUUGAAGAAUGUAAACUAAAAGAAGAGGCAGAAUCUGAACAGAAAUCUUCUGAUUCUGUAGAGGAGGCUGAGGUCGUUAUCAUUGUCUUGCCAACUGAAAGAAAAGCAAAAAGUGUUGAUGUUUCCACACUGUCAGAUUCAGCUGUCGAUAAAGAAACUGACUUGCAGCCUCAAGAAGGUCGGCAACAAGCAGAAGCAGUGGUAAUAGCAAAAACAUCUGAAGAUGCCUUUGUAGAAAAGAUCUCACCACCAAAAAGAAACCCAAAGAGUGGAAAGGUUUCAUCAGAAACUCCUAAAUUGCCAACCAGGAGAAAGUCAAAAAAUCAGGAUGUUCCCACAGUUUCCGUAGAGCCAGUUAUUGUUGCCAGUGGAGGUUUUGAGCCCAAUUCUGAAAAUUCAAGACAAAGCCCAGUUGAACAGCUGGUAAAAAGUAAACCUGAUGCUGCUGUUUUGGAGGAUAGAAAGCUCUCGCCACCAAAAAGACAGACAAAGAGUUUGCAGACUUGUCCAGAACCUGAGAAAGGGGAAGAUCAGAGUGUCAUAAAAGAGAAAAGACCAAAAGAGGACAAAGAGCAAGAUACGGAAGAAGUCCAAACACAAGUAUCAAAACAUGACAUGCAUGAUGCUAUCAUGAGCCUGCCAGAAGAGUCUGUUGUACUAGAAAACAAGAGCAACGAUAUGGCUACCCCUGGCGUUCAACCAAAGACCAAGUGGGAUGAGACCAUGCCUGAGAUGCCUGUUCUUGCACAUAAAGAUGAAACGCUUACAGAAAUUAUCUUAGCUGAACAAACCAUGACACCAAUGCAAACUGUAAUUGAGCUGGAACUGCUGGACACAACCAGGGAAAGACCUGAAGAAGUGAAAGAUGGUAAAGUCCAGGUACAGGUUUGUGAUGAUAAUGCCGCCAUGAGCUUGGAAAAAACAUCUGUAUUCUUAGAAAGAAUCCCAGAGAGGGCUGGUGUAGACACCUUCGAACUAAAUAUACAGAGUCAAGUUGAGGAUGGACAACUCUCUGUUGUGAGCAGUGCUGAACAGCAAGUGCUCCAAACUGAAUCUGGUCAAUCCAGCUCUGUGGUUUUUACAACACUUCAGCCAAAUAAAACUGAAUUGAUAGAAAUAAUAUUAUGUGAACAGGCCGUGGAAAAGAAAUACCAGACUGACACUCGGGUGGAAUGUUUAGAAACCAGCCAAGAAAGAUAUACUGAGACAGUGGAACAAACAGCCGCCAUAUCUACAAAUUGUAUGCAAGAUACGGCCAUGACUAUUCACAUAGGACCUAAAGUGAAUCUUUUAAAGGUAGAUAUAACAGCAUGUCAAGAGGAACAAGAAAACAGGCUAGAAACAGGACCAACAAGAGAAAUAGUUCAAAGUAAUAUUCAGGGUGAGAGACCUCCAGAAAACAAAGCCAUCUCAGAUCAGGGUCUACACAAUACAGCAGAUGAGGAGUUACCAGAAAGGCAGCAGAUUGUAAUUGAAAGUCAUUCUGCUCAGCUCCUCAGUGACGUUUCAGCAGAGAAGCCAUGCGAAGCAGAGACAGAAUUGUUGACAACUACUGGAGGAAGCACCAAAGAGGUCCAGGGUCAAGCAUCUUCAAGUGCUGAAGGUGAAAAAGCUUCAAAAGACAAGACUAAUGAUAGGGAGAAAAACAAACCUACAACAGAAAUGUCAUCGGAGGAAAAGAAAGAAAUCAGCACUGAGAUACAUGACAACAAGACUCAAAGUGAAGUGGGUAGACAUAUUUCUGUUGCUUUUGAGCCAGUUCAGCCACUUGAAAGUGGGGGCAAGAAGGAAGAGGCUGAGUCAAUUCAAAAUAAAGUUCAGUCACAACUAGGUGCUGAAUCCCUUGGACAGGAAGAGAAGCAGUCGAGGCAGGAAUCGAGUGUCCAGUAUGAUAGAUUUACAGUAACCAAUGGUGAGGCUGCCAGUGGUAUUCAGCCUAUUCGAUCAGCCAUUAAAAUGAUGGAAACAGAAGUUUCAGUGUUUGCUGACCCUCAUUUACACCCUGAUCCAGAUAUGGUCUCUGAAACCGAAACAGCAGAACAAAAAAACAAUACAACAAAAGAGGAAGCUGAUCAUCUGAUAAGUAGUACAAGACAAAAGGAACAUGGGAAGAUCGUUACCCACACAAACACCACAACAAGCACCUCUGAGCAAAAGGUUUCAAAAUAUGCAAGCUCUAAAUUUGAUCAUGAUGGACCAGAAACAUCUGCGAUGACGGACAUCUUCUCAGCGAUACAAACGACCACAGACACAAGACUUCUAAAUGAGGCUGGAGCGUGUGAGGAUUCUCUGGCAGAACUCAUGACUUCCAGCAGUGACCUGGAUGAUCGCCGGUGCAGGCUAGUGUCAAAACUUCUGAGCUGUAAGAAUCACCCUUGUGAGCUGCAGCCAACAGUAAUGACCCAGCAAGUGAAGGAGGCUCAGGAAUGUCAAGACAUGGCCCAGGACCAAGCAUCACUGCUGUGCCAGCAGAGAGAAGCAGAUGCUGAGAACUCAGAUACAUUGAAGUUCUUGGAGGACCAGUGGAGCGCUGCUGCUCAGGAUGCAGCUGCUGUCGUCCAGAACAAAGUGGCCCAUCUACAGCUGGUGCAGAGCUUCUGUCAACAGACUCACGAAGCCAAGACCACACUGGAAAGACUGGAAACUGAACUGGAUGCUGUGAGAAUUUCCCUGGCAGAGAGCAGCCACAAGGAAGCAGAUCAGCUGAAGUCCAUAAAGAGAGAUAUAGAGGAAAACAGGAGCACCCUUGGGAAGUUGGAUGGGAUCCAUACAAAGCUGUAUCCUGUUCUUAGUCGCUCUCAUCAAGCAACUGCAAAAAAUCAGCUUCAGACUCUACAUCGGGAAUGGAGAGACCUGGAGAGAGUUGUGGAGAAGGCCUUGCAUCAUGCUGAUGUCCAAUACCAAAACGCCAGCAGCCUUUUGCUGGAGCUAUCAUAUUUGCGGGGACACUUAGAAUCAAUCAGUGAAGAACUUGAAGCCAAACACCCGCAAGUAUGCCAGUGGGAUUACAAGAAGGCACAGCAGUUGAUGAUGGCACGUGCCGAGGUUAAAGCUGCUCACGUGAAAUACCAUGAUCUGAAAGAAAGGUCGCAGGCACUACUUCCUAGUUUAUGGCCAAAAGAAACAGCAGAGAUAAAGAAAGGUCUGCUGAAUGUCAAAGACCAACUUUGUCUCACAGAAGAGUGGCUAUCCUCUCAAAUUCAGAAAAGCAGUAAUCCCAUCAUGGAGAAAGUUAUGACAGUGGUGAGGGAUGGCCUCUGCUGGGCCAAGCAGAUUGAAAGUGAUAUUGAAGGCAGGCGAAAGACGGUGUCUCUACACCCGGAGGCGGUUCACCAGCAGCUCAGGGAUCUGAAAAAGCUGCAGUCUGAGGUCACAGUCACACAGAGUCAACUAAAAUCACAGGCCAAGGAGAUAACAGGGUAUCUGCCACAGCUGGACCCGGCUGAGGAGACGCCUGUGGUGCAUUCAUUGCUGGAAUCGCUAGAACAACUUUCAAAGUCAAUAACUGAGAAGCUAUCCAAGGCCAUCAAGGACACAGAAUCCUGUCUGCAGGUCAGGGAAAAGCUGUCUGAACAGAUUGCAGAUCUAGACACCUGGGUUGGGACACAUCUGCAAAGAGAGACAGCCAAGAGCAUAAGGGGGAACUUCAUGAGUCCUGCUGAAAUUGAUCACAGUGAGAUCCAAGAGACACUAGUUGAGGCUGAAAAGCAGUCUGCUGCCUGCAAGGCUCUUUUAUUAAAGAGUAAAGACAUUGCCUCUGAGCUCAGCAUCAAAGAGACUUGCCAGCUUUUUGACAAGCUUACAGGCCUCCAGGAAGACAUCUACACGAUUAGCAGCUACGACACGGUCAACAAAACUGAGCUGGAUGAACAUGAGCGAUCUUUAGAAUCAAACAAGCAACAGCUAGCCACGAUUGAAAAAUGCCUGAGGCAGAUGCAAGUACACCUGGGAAAACUAAGGUUUCCUGUCACAGUAGAAUCCCUCCAAGUUUUGGAACCUUUCAAGCAAAUGCUUUUGGAGCACAAGUCAGAGAUUGAUACGCUCCAUUCCUGGAUUCCAGAAGAAAAGACUAUGGAACUAUACUCAGUCACUGUUGAAAUUCACAACAAAAUGACUAGUCUGCCAAUGAAGGCCAGAGAUCAUGAGAGGUACCUCAACAUGAGGCAAUGUGUGGAAGACAUUAAAGAGGCUGUUGAGGAACAGGUCAACCAAACCAGAGAAGAGAGCAGGGAGGUGGUGGAAAAGUACAAGAUCUGUCAAAAGCUCCUCCUCCAGUUCCCUUUGAUAAAAAAGCUAUGUGACGAGGUUGGAUCUAAACUCCAGAUGAUCUUGGCUGACCUAUACCCUUCACAGCUGAGUUCAGAGCAGCAUAGACUUCAACAAAAUGAAGAGACCUUCAAAAUCCUGGAGAUGAAAACCCUAAACAAUCUCAGCCUCAUUGAGUGGUGUCUGCUGAAGGAAGUGGAUCUCGACUCAGAGAGGAAAGCCACUCAAGCCUUUUUGUGCGAAACUCAUCAGGAACUCCAGAAACCCCGACAGAUGGAGCCACAUGAGAGCUCCAUUAAUAAGGAAUACCAGAAGAUAAUGUUCUUGAAAAAGACUGUUGAAUCAAGAAUGAGAGCCUUGGAUCUUCUAGAACAGAACAAAGAAAACACUGACGGAACUAGCUCUUCAGAUCUUGAAGACUUGAAGAAUGAAGUUCUAAGUGAAUGUGACUCACAAAUGGAGAAUAUCUCUGAUGCAAGGAUAUCUCUGAGAAACUACACAUGUACUGUAAAACAAGCACUAAAGUUCCUGAGGGACUCUGAAGUCUCUCUGCUGCCCCCUCUGGGCUCAACUGGAUUCUGCCGUGAAAAGCUGGAGGAUACCCAGAUGGUCUUGGCCUCCCUGGACGAAAACGUUCAGACUUACAUGGACCAACUGAAGGGAGAAGCCCCCCUGCAUCCUUACCUGUCCCCUGUGGGAGUAGAGCAACUCCAAGAGGCCAUUUUGAGCCAGUUCCUCGUGAGGAUGUCCACACUUAAGGCAAAGGGCUACCUACAUUUGGAGAAUCUUACAAGCUGUGCUGAAACUUACAGAAAUUACACUACAUUUAAUGACAACAUCAGUCUGAGUGUGAGGAAUGCAGAGGGGAGCCUUGCACAGGUGGUCUCUCAGAAGGUCAACUCUCUGGCUGACUGCAGUGACCAGUUAACAAAGGUUGUGGCUCUGCAAGAGGAGCUGGAUUGUCUGAAGAAGCAUCUGGAGGAGGUGGUGGAGUGGUGUCCAGAGCAGAGCUGCCGUGGACACCGGGAAACCUCAACGGCUGCCAAGUGGAGAUGCAUAGCAAGACUCAGACAUUGCUCUCAGCAGCUGACUGCAAGACUCAAACAAAGGAUUGUAGAAUGGAGUGACAUCACCUGCAGUGUGGAGAAUGCAUCUGCUCUACUGCAGCAAAUGGAGGUAGAGCUCCCUGAGCCCGUCCCGUUGAAUGCAUCUACCAAUGAGCUUCAUGACCUGCAGCAGUCGUGGGAACAAUACCAGGACAGACUGGACUGUGAACACCGCUCCCUUUCUGCCCUUGAAUUACGCAUUGCCAGGCUGCUGGGUGUCCCUGCCAACGUGGAACAGGCUCCACCCACUCCACUCUGCCAGCAGCUGCAAGCGAUGCAGGCCAGGUACAACAGUGUAAAGCAGAGGAGCCUAAAGGGUUUGGAGUAUAUCAAGCUAGAUCUGGAGGAGAAAGAAAAAGUGCAGGAGGAGCUACAGGUUGUUUAUGUUUGGUUGACAGCUGCUGACAGUCUGUUGUCAGAGAUGGAUCCAAGCAGCAACAAAGCACAGCUGAAGGAGAUCCACGGCCAGUUGUGCAUCCAGAAGGCUCUGGUCCAUCGUAUCACAGAAGGCCUCAAGACAAAGUACUUACAGGUGGUCCCAGUUGAGAUCGCUGGCCAAGUGCAGGAGAUCCAAAAAACUCUGCAACAAGUCGAAGUUAAGGUAGAAGAGGCAAUAGAAAAAAGUGGCCUUGUGAACAGAAUUGAUGCAAAGCUGCUGGAGACCCAAGCUGGCCUGAGGUCAGUGCAGGAGACGCUGGAAGAGAGAAGUUCAACUGUGAAAGACGCAAAGGUUACUCAGAAGCUGGUGUGGGACGAGUUAGACAAAUGGCACUCGUGUGUGGCAGCGCUGGAAGCCGACAUGCGGGACCUGGAGCAUCCACAGCAGGCGCUGUCCAUCGUAGAGAGGCUGAUGGAGGUGCAGCAGCUUCACGCCCAGCUAGCCAAACAGGCAGAGCAGAAGACAACCCUCCUCAGCAAGAUGCAAACGUGGCUUCAGGAGCAUCAGGAAAUGAUCAACAGCUCCAAGAGUUGGAUGGCCGAGGCUAAGUCGUGGCUCGCCACUCCCCGCACGUACACCACGGCUAAGUGUCUGAGCGACCAUGUCCAAGAUCUGCAGACAGUCUUGAAUGACUCUGCACAGAUCCGAACCACUUUGCAGGGUUUCAGUUCGGUCCUGGAGGAAAUGUCUCAAGUGGUGGAUGUCUCAGCUCUGCGAGAACAACUCAUCCAAGCGGACUGCCAAGUGGCAGCCGUUGAAGACAGCUUUGCAGCUCCUUUGUCUCAACUCGAGCAUGCCGCCACUGAGGUGGACGUGAUCGAGAGCGAGGUCAGAAAGAUGGAGAGGAAUAUUGCUGAGAUCAAGACUAUCUUAUCUUCUCCAGAGGUGCUGCCCAGCCCCAAAGAAAUACGUCUCAAGAUGGUGGAACAAAGGAUCCAGACCAUGAGGAGCAGCAUCGCCGACAUCCAGAAGGCAAAACCUGGACUUAAUCUUCCAGAGAAGGCAGAGGAGACACUGACCGUCUUCAAUGUCAUCGAUCAGCUGCAAACGUUGCUGCUGGAACUGGAGAAGAAAGUCCCAGCUCUCUUUAUCCAGCAGCUUCCCACACAAGUCCUGCAUACCACAUCCCAAGCAGGACCACUCAAAUCCAGCCCAGAGGAAGCUGAGCAGGAGGAUGCCGAACAGGGCCGGAUCAUGAUCGCUCACGUUGAGGACGAUGUGCUGCAACGUUCUGGAGCUGCGUUGAUGAGGGUGGAAAGAGCGACACCUGAGCAGAGACAGUCAGGAGCAACGGACAGCCCGAUGCGGCAAGGGCACGGCGGUGGCGGCGAGGCCUUCCCUGCUGAGGAGGCCUGGCAGGCAGUGGGAGGGCAGGAGCAGAGAGUGAAGGGAGGUGGAGGAGGUGUUUUGUGGUGGCUCUGGGAUGCUUUCCUGGGUGGUUCUUCUGAGGAACCCCCUGAAAAGAGCGAAGCUUCCAGCGAAGAAAGCGCAGAGAGAGAGUCACUAGAUGACACACAGGGUGUGUGUGGUGCCACAGACCAGAGUUCUUCUGAGGAUCUAUCCGAGCCGCGAGACACAGACAUCAGAAGCCCGAACCUCCGUGAGAACAUGGUAAACACGUCCUCCUCCACCGUAAACGUCUCCAAAGAUCAGCAGAGAUGCGUGCUCCGACCCGGCUCGGCUCUUUCACCUGCAGCAGGUGCUUGUGUUUGUGUGCAGGGCGGGGGACCUGCCCCCGCUAGGCUCUGCCCCUCAGAGGGAGCCCUCCACGCCAGUCUGGAGCGUGUUGGUCAGCUGGAGAUGUGGCUGCACAAGGCACGCGCACCUCUUGAGGCAGGCGGUACCCGUGACAUACAGGACGGCGUGGAGCGACAACUCCUCACCUGCCAGGAGAUGUUUCUGGAGAUCGAGCAGAAGGUGUCCAUUCUCUCGGAGCUGGGCCUGGUGGCCGAGCAGCAGCGCGACCAUAUCGGGCCGCAGGGCGCCGCCGAGUCCCAGCGGGAGGCGGCUGAGCUGCUAGCAUCCAAACUGGAGGACCUCAAGUCCAACCUGGUGUCCUUCCAGCAGCUGCUGCAGGACAAGCAGGGAGAGGAGAGGAGGCUCACCCUCAAGGAGACACAGAAGACGGUGGAUCGCCCUCUGGCGGCCACGCUGAGACACAGCAGCAGCGUUCAGGAGAUGUUCUCCUCUCCGAGGAAUAAACUCCUCCGUCAGAGCAGCUUGCAGCAACAGAAGGAAUUGGAGCAGCAGCUGAGCGAGCAGCGAGGUUUGACGCAGGCCAUCGCUAUCGCCAGCGCUCGCCGCCUGAGCCAGGAGCCCCAAGAGCAGGUCCUGCUGUCGCCACGGAGGCGUCCCGCUGAGGACGAGGACGACAGUGCUCGUGAGACGUGGGAUGGUCUUCACAGUCAGCUGCUGGCUGUGGAGGAGAGCUGCCUGCUUCCUCCUUCUGAGGUGACAAACUCAUCUGCGAGGAGUUGGGAUGGAGCAGCGGGACGCGUGAUUGGCUCUGACAGCCUCAAAGAACUUCAUGCUCACGUCGGACGCCUCCGAGAUCUUGGACGGUCGGCCGAGAGGACAUCAACUGUGGACAUCCCUGAUGGUGCCCUUGAAGAGGACGUCCUUCAUGUACUGUGCCAGUUGUCCUGCUUUCUGACCUCCAUCAACCAUCUGCUCCACAUUACUGGAGUCGCGCAUGAAGACGAGGAAGACCACCAGAGACGAGUCCACCUGCAGACGCUGGCCACUGACAUGUCCACCCUUCACAUUGAGUUGGCCACUCAGGGGUCAAAGGUAAUGGGUGUCCUGGGGUCAGCCUGUGUCCAGCAGUGUGUGGACGACCUCUGCAGGAUCCUUCCUGCGAUGCAGGCAGCGCUGAUCAGUCGAGACAGACAACUUGAAAAUCUUCAGGAGCAAAAGUCAACGCAACAGGAGCAGGCUGACUACGUGGACUCUCUGAUGGAGGCAGCGAGGCAUCACGACCUUCCUUCCUCUCUGGUUGAGCCGGUGGCCAUGUUGCAGGGGGAAGUGCAUGGCGCUCUGUGCGGCAUUAGCACCCGCUGUGAGGAGGCGCUGAAGCACUGCGAGCGGCUCCUGUGCAGCCUCAAGGAUAUGCUUGCUCUGGCCUCGGAACACCUGGAGAGGAACCUGCAGCUCCAGACUAGGACUCAGCUCCAGCAGCAGCUCAGCGAUCAUAUGAGGUUCUUCCAGUUUCUGAGCCAACAUUUACACAUCCUUCAGUUCCUGUCCAAGAGAAUUCCAGAGAGCGCCCUCCAGAGGUGGGGGGAUGUAAUGCGGCACCUUCAGGAGGAGGCGCUCCCACUGCAGAAGCAGGCGUUGGAGAAAGGGGUCAACAUGGGACAAAUCUUACAGAUGUGGUCACAGUGGGAGGAGGACGUCGCCUGGUCCGAGUCCCUGCUGAGGGGUCUUGAGACUUCUUAUCCCAGGAUGCACGUGGGGAGGAAUGCAUCAAAGAUGCUGUGCGUGUACCAGGAGCUGGGUUCCGUUCUGGAAAGGAACGCAGCUCGGUUCGGUCAGACUUUAAAGGUGGGACUCAAGCUCCAGAAGGCAGGCUGCACAGGAGUGGGCGUCGCCUGCAGUCAUCUGGAGGCCCGCUGGAGAGGUCUUCAGAAGAUGCUGAAGAUGGACAGUGCCAAAGUGGAGAGGAGGAGGAAGCUGAGGAACAGUUUCGUCUGUGACUUCGCUGCCCUCACGGCCUGGAUGGGCGGGGCCAGGGAAAUGAUUGACAGGUGGAGUCAACUAGUCAUCUCAGCUGCUGCAGAUGACACAGGCGGCAAGCAGAGGCAGGAAGAGUAUCGUCAAUUUGUGACGCUGAGCAAAGAGCUGGAGGAUCAAAGUGGACUAAAAGCUGUGCUUGUCAGCGCUGGCACCCAGCUUGAUGAGCUAAGUGAAGCUGAUGAAGACUCCGAUGAAGAUUCAGAGGCCCAAGUGUCCCUGCAGCAUGCCUCGGACCCCCAUCUUGAUUAUGUUGGCGCCCAGAUCAGACAGCUGGAACAGGACUGGUCUGGUCUGUUGGUGGACUUCCCCUUGGUCCAACAAGCUCUACACAAGUGGUGGGUGGAGACACUGAGCCACCAGGGGGCGCUGCUGGAGCUGCUGGUCUUGCUCGGGGAGGUUGAGUUUGGACUGGGAGAGCAACACAACCUCAUGGAACCAGCCUCGUGCACUAGCCUUGAGCUCAAACAGCUUCUUAAGUACUGUAAGGACUAUCAGGUGGAGAUGUCGGCCCAUCAGGCGACACUGGACCACGCCAGCCAGCCAUCACAGAGCUGCAGUACCGAGGAGGGCCAAAGGGGGCGCUAUGAAGACAACCAGUUUGCAGAAGAUCAGGGUCGCCUCAACCAUCACUGGCUCACUUUGCAGACAGUGCUUACCUCUCAGAGUGACAAGCUGGAGGAGGAGUUGAGGAUCAGGACAGAGCAGGAAGCCAGUCUUGUGCGGAUCGACAGCUGGAUCACAGAUCAGAACCUCUGGAUGGACUCGGCUCGCACCCCGCGCAGCCUGGGAGAGCUUCAGAGGAGUGUAGACACCUGCAAGAACCUCGAGGAGCAGAUCAAACUGAGAAGUGCGGCUCUGCAGGAGCUGUCAAACAAACCUGGCAGACAUUUUGUGUGCCAGGCUGAUGAGUCCCGCAUGUCUUGCAUUGCGCUAGCACAGCAGAAUGCAGCCAUGAAGAGUGGUCUGCUUGAAGCAAGGCGGCUGUGGCUCUCUGUGGACGAUAAACUUUGUCACGUGAGGCUGAGACAAGUGACGACGUCUCACACGUUGGAGCAUCUCCACGGCCCUCGACUCUCCCUGCAGGCUCACAGAGACCUCCUGCAUCAACUGGAGUGUAUUAAUGAGGAGAUGAAGACUUCAGAGGCAGAGUGGGACCAGCUAAAUCAAACCUUCACCUCCCUACAAGACCUCAUCCAUCCUGCUGCAGCCUCCCUUCUCAAUGAGGAGCUGACACGGCAGAGAGACAGUUGGACCAGCACGUCUGCGGCGUUGGACCAGCGCCUCAAGAGGAGCCGUAACAUCCUGUCACUGUGGGAUAUCUACGCCCAAAGUGCUGCUGCCUUCUCGCAGCGUCUGAAGGAUCUGAAGAGGGACACCACAUGCAUCCAGAGUGGAGCCAGCAGACUAGACAACACUGUGGACAACAUCACUGAGAAUGCACGCCAAGUUCAGACUCUGCGUGAGAGAGCCGAUGCUUUGGAAUUUGACCUGCAGGGAUUGUUGGAGAGCUCCAAGGACCUGAUUGGCUGCCUGGAGCCCUUAGCUGCAGCUUUGGUCCAAUCAGAGAGCAGGUUGUUGUCACGUGGUGCCCUUCAGCUGAGCGAGACGCUGGCUGGGAAGCAAGCUGAGCUGCAGGAAGAGCUGGACACACUGCAGGAGGUCAGCAGCCUUCUGGACGAGCUGGAGUCCAAACUGGAGCACUGGCUGGAGCGCCUGGAAGACACGGACCACACUUUUGAGCAGUCUGGCUUCCUGGAGCUGAGCGCUCUGACCGCCGAUUUGGACGUGCUCAACGAGCUGAGCCACGGCCUCACGCUGGGUGACGACGACGCACGCCGCCUGCAGCGACUCAACUGCCGUUGGAGAGACACCUCUGCCCGUGCCGAAGAGGCCUGCAGUGAGCUGCAGACAGAGGCGUUGAGGCAGCAGACGUUCGAGGGAAAGUGCGAGAGCUGGAUGGCGUUCCUGCAGAGGAUGGAGGACCAGCUGGCCGUCGACGUGUCAGGCUCGUACGCCGGCCUCAGGCAGCAGCUGUGCACUCACAAGCGCUUCCAGGUGGAGCUGUCCAUCGGCCACCAGAUCCUUCAUUCCGUCAUCUCCGACGCGCUUCGGCUGCUGCAGAGAGGAGAGGUGGACGACAGGAGUGACUUCAUCCUGAAGCUGACCCAGUUGAGGGAGCACUGGCAGGGCGCCGUGCAGAGGGCCGACCAGCGGCGCUCCCUGGUGGAGGGCCUGGUCAGGCAGUGGCACCUGUAUCGCCGCAGCCUGAGGAAGCUGCAGCGCUUCCUGUCUGACACUCAGAUCCUGCUGCCGCUUGCCGGGCCCACCCGAUGCACCCUGCAGCAGCUGCGAUGCUCGCUCCAGGACCUCCAGCACACCGAGCUGCUCUUCCAGAGGUACCAGUGCAGUUUCAUCCAUACCCUGGAGGUGGGCCGUCAGCUCUUCUCCAUGGCUGAUGAGGAGACCCAGAACCAGAUCCAGACGGACCUGGGAACGCUGCAGGAGGAGUGGGACAACCUCCAACGUCUGCUGAGCCGCAGGCUGGACCUGGCUCAGGUCAUUGUGGAGAACUGGGAGCGCUGUGAGGCAGGACUGGCAGACAAAACAAUGCAGCUGAAGGACAUGAAGACCAGACUCAACCAGUUGCUGCCAGAGUUUGACGGCCAGCUGCACAACAACAAGGAGAACGAGGACUCCCUGGAAGACUGGGCUGAGAGCCUCACAGAGCUGAGCACCAUGAAGACGGACCUGAGUCAGUACAUCAUGGCUGAUGAUGUGUUGCUGCUGGAGGAGCAGGUGGAGCACCUGCACUGCCAGUGGGAGGAGCUCUGCCUUAAGGUGUCUCUACGCAAGCAGGAGAUCGCAGAUCGCCUCAACGCGUGGAUCAUCUUCAAUGAGAAGAACAAGGAGUUGUGCGAGUGGCUCGCACACAUGCAGAACGAAGUGGCGCACACCUCCGACCUCAACAUUGAGGAAAUGGUGGAGAAGCUGAAGAAGGACUGCAUGGAGGAAAUCAACCUGUUCAGUGAGAACAAAACCCAUUUGAAGCAGCUGGGAGAACAACUCAUCAGCGCCAGCAACAAGACCAAGGAGAGUGAGGUCAACGACAAGGUGAAGGAUGUCAACGACCGCUGGCAGCAUCUGUUCGAUCACAUCGAGGCCAGGGUGAGGAAGCUAAAGGAGACUUUGGUGACAGUGCAGCAGUUGGACAAGAACAUGAGCAACCUGCGCACGUGGUUGUCUCGCGUGGAGGCCGAGCUCUCCAAGCCACCGGUCUACGACGUCUGCCACAGUGACGAAAUCCAGAGGAAGCUGGCCCAGCAGCAGGACCUGCAGCGAGACAUUGAGCAGCACACGGAGAGCGUGGCAUCAGUGCUGUCACUGUGUGACGUCUUGCUGCACGAUGCCGAUGCCUGCGGCAGUGAUUCAGAGAAUGACUCCAUCCUGCAGACCACCCGCAGCCUGGACCUCCGCUGGAGGAACAUCUGCGCGAUGUCCAUGGAGAGGAGGAUGAGGAUUGAGGAGACCUGGCGUCUCUGGUGCAAGUUUCUGGACGACUACGCUCGCUUUGAGGACUGGCUGAAGGCGGCCGAGCUGACGGCGGCCAACCCUGACUCAGCUGAUGUCCUCUACACCAGUGCCAAGGAGGAGCUGAAGAAAUUUGAGGCCUUCCAGAGGCAGGUCCACGAGCGUCUGACUCAGCUGGAGCUGGUCAACAAACAGUACCGUCGCCUGGCCCGGGAGAACCGCACGGAUGCCGCCAGCAAACUCCGCGUCAUGGUGGCCGAGGGAAACCGUCGGUGGGACGGCCUGCAGAGGCGGGUGGGAGCCGUGUUGCGCAGACUGAAGCAUUUCACGUCUCAGAGAGAAGACUUUGAGGGGACUCGUGAGGGGAUCCUGGUCUGGCUGACAGAGAUGGACCUCCAGCUCACCAACGUGGAGCACUUCUCUGAGAGUGACAUUGACGACAAGAUGAGGCAGCUGGACGCGUUCCAGCAGGAGAUCACACUCAACACCAACAAGAUUGACGCCCUCAUCGUGUUUGGGGAGAACUUGAUCCAGAAAAGCGCUCCUCUGGAUGCUGUACUGAUCGAGGAUGAGCUGGAGGAGCUCCACUCGUACUGCCAGGAAGUAUUUGGACGUGUGGCCCGCUUCCACCACCGCCUGGUCCACAGACGCCCGGUGCUUGAGGAGGAGAGGGAGCUGUCUGAUCUGGACAACUCUCCUGAGCCCAGCAGCGUCCCCUCUUGGAGGGACACCUUUAAGAAAGACAGCACCGGACGUCAGACCAUAUGUCAUCUCCUGGUGCCGCCUCUGGAGCAUUCAGGGAGAGAGACUCCCGUUAGCGUGGACUCCAUCCCGCUAGAGUGGGACCACACGGUCGAUGUUGGAGGGUCUUCAUCACACGAGGACGACGAGGAUUCCACCUUCUUCAGCACCGUGUCAGUGAAGUCUGUUUGCGGUGCACCAAGCUGGCACCAGCCUGACUCCAGAGACGUGGCGUCCCUCCCGCCGCACGCCGCCGCUACUUGCUUCCACCAGCAGGGCUACGCGAAACUGAUGUCAGAGUGCAGCGGCAGCAUCAACAAUGUCAAGAGAGUCAAGUUGAUCCUCAACGACGAUGACGAGGAAUUGGAAGUUUCCAGUCUAACAAGCAGCACCGCCCACAAACACACAGGCACAGGUGUGAUUGAGCGCUGGGAAGUUCUCCAGGCCGAGAAGGUGUGCAAGGAGGCGGACAUCAAGCAGAACCUGCAGCAGUGGCACCAGCUCCACGCCGACCUCAAGCAUGUCACCUCCUGGCUGGACACCGUACUUCCUGAGCUGGAGAGGCUGCAGAACAUCACGCCGUCCACCAGCGUCAAGGACUUUGAACGCAACAUCAGGACGCUCAAGGAGAUGCAGAGGACGUUCAGUAGCUACAAGCGUGUGCUGAUAUCCGUCAACCUGAGCAGUCGUCACUUCUUGCGGGCCGACAGCGCCGAGCUGCGGGAGCUGAAGGCCCGGCUGAGCUCAGCCAAUCGGGGUUGGACAGGGGCGUGCGGUGCUCUGGAGCGCUGGGAGGCCACGCUGCACGCCGCGCUCAUGCAGUGUCUGGAGUUCCACGAGACACUGCGCUCGCUGCUGACGUGGUUGGCUCAGGUGGAGAACAAACUGAGCGACAUCAGCCUAAGACACCAUGAGACGUCGUCACACGCCGUCCUGAUAGAACGUCAGACACUCACGGCCCUCCAGGAGGAGAUGCGCAGCCGCCAGCCUGAGGUGUCAUCGCUGCACGCCAUCGCCACCCAGCUCCUCCUGGAGGCCAAAGAGGAGGACAGCGUGGAGGCCAAGGAGAAGGUCCACGUCAUAGGCAACAAGUUGUGUCUCCUCCUGAGACACGCCGACACGCUCCAGAACGCCAUUCAGCAACAUCUGGAGGAAGAGGACGAUCCAGCAGACCAAGGACAGACACUCACUAGAAGACGGGAGCCUCCCUUGCGCCGCCCUCUCCUGUCCCGCGUCCUGCGGGCGGCGUUUCCGCUGCAGCUGCUGCUGCUGUUGCUGCUGGCGUUGGUGUGCUUGGUGCCGCCAUCGGAGGAUGAGUACAGCUGCACGCUCAGCAACAACUUUGCCCGCUCCUUCUACCCCAUGCUGAGGUACACCAAUGGACCCCCUCCAACAUGAGUGUGUGUGUGUGUGUAAAGAUGUUAUUUAUUGAUUGGUGAAAAGCCAUAAAGACUAUUUUACUAGCUAGAUUUUAUUUUCAUGACGCUUUGUACAAAACAUUGUUUUUAUGUGUAAAUCCUCACUUUUUAUCCACUGAAAGCCAACUUUGAAGUCUUGAAUGUUGUACAGAACGAGCAGUCCUUUAUUUUAGCGUCGCACACUUGGAGUCAUCAAUCAUGUCCGCAAUGUGGACGACAUCUUGAGAAACAAUUUGCUGUGUUUUUUCAGAUCAAGCAUGAUUUAUUUCUGUUGGCUCAUCAAGCUAACGUGUUAGCGUGGUUUUGAGCGGCACCAUCUCGAAGAAAUGCUAUCUCGCUAGCUUCUAAGCAGCUAAAAACAAAGAAUAAAAUAACAGGUAAAGAACUUCUAAUUUGUACGACUUUGUAAAUUGUCCAUUUCUGAUGUGUUUAUGAUGUGCUACUAGCAUUAGCGUCUUGUUUGCCCUCUAGUGGUCAACCUAACAACACAGACUAUAAUAAGAAUACAGUGUUCCCUCGCUACAUCGCGGUUCAACUUUUGCUGAUUCGCAGUCUUUUUUAACUGCAAUUUUGCAUAUUUUUUUAACAGCGCAUUGUGUUCUUGGUCCUUGUGGUGUAUUAGAGCUAGGGCUGGGCGAUAUAUUGAUAUUUUUUAAAUAUCGAUAUUUACUUAAGCACGAUAUCAAAACCAACCAUAACAUUAUUGACAUAGCCUGGAUUUGCGCUGUAUCUCCCUCAUCCCUGCACGCAGGAGGAGGGAUGAAGGGCGCAGCAGAAGCCCGGCGGCUCCAGUCAAAGUGACAGCGUCUGUGGGGAACCUGCACUAUGCCGAUAAACGAGGGAACACUGUAUUAUCAUGUUGAACAAUUGUGUGCGUGCUUAAUGUUUGUGUGAAACACUACAACGUGAAUGUACACACUUCACCCUCUGAAGGUAGUGACUAACGUAGACGUCACAGCACAUCAUCGAAGUUCAAAGUCAACCAAGAACAAGAACACCAAAGUGUGAAACGUUUGGAUUUAUUUGUCAUCUUUUUAUGAUAGCAUGUAUGCUUGAACAAUAAACAUCAGCGACA